ACAUUUCUGAGCAAGUCACCUUUUUUCCUUGACUUUUUUUACCAAAACAAAUUAGAUUUUCUUCGUUCGUUCGUCAUCACUGUAAAAAUGGUUGGCGAUCCGUUGUCCAACCAUAUUGAUCACAAUUACAACAAAUGUCACCGUAGCUGUGUGGUGCCAUUUUGUCCCAGUACAACUGAGAAAACUCCAGAAAAACUGUUCGUUCAAGUUCCUGCUGUUGUAGUCGCCAAAGAAGAAUGGUUGAGACUUGCUGGGUGCCUCCCAUUACCUCCUGGAGCUCAUUACUUUUGUGAGGAUCACUUCGACAUACAACAUGACAUGGUAAACUAUUCGGAAUACAAAAUAAUGGGACAUGUGCAAAGGGUCCGGUUGAAGGCAGGGUGUUUACCGUCGAAGUUCGCCUGCCAACAACACCAUGAGAUGUUGCCACUCAAUGCACAGAAAUCCAACAACAGAUUCAAAAUCAAUGUUGUUCAUGGACAAAACAUACUUGCAAUUGAGACAAUUCCACAAGUCAAUUGUGCUGAGAAUAAUAUGUUAACAAAGAAAGGAAAAAAGAAAGCAGUUGUUUUGAGUAACAUAAAGAAAAGGAUAAAAAUAAAACCCACUAUCACAAAAUCAAAGAAUGAAGAUGACUCUCUUGGGUCACAUACAAAAAGGGUCAUUGUUAUCAAACCAAAUUCAAAGAAAGUUAAAAUUAUUAAGGGGAAAGUUUAAAUCUCCAUUGUUUGUGAUGGCUGCCAGAUGACCAACACCACAGGCGACUUUCUCCACCGUACAUUCAGGAUUAAACUCAUUUCGACCAAAGAGGGCUGGAGGUAUCAACGUUGGCUUUGCUGUAUGUUGAACAUUGGGGCCAAGCCCUAAUAACCCAAAGCCCCAUACAAAAGCAUCACCAUGUUCUGUAAUUUAAAUAAGGAUGAAUUAUUAUAAUGUUAAUUUGAUCUUGUUGCUGAUGUGAUUUUAAAAAAAUAGUUAUUUACUUUUAUUUUUAAGCAAAUUAUAUUAUAUUAUUCGUUAUUGUGUAAAACAAUACUUUAAGUGAUACAUUUUAUCUGAAUAGUUUGUAGGUUUAUUUGUUUUUUGUACAGUAGAAAAUUGUUGAUGGAUAUAAAUUGUUCUAAAGUAUUAUUGUAAAUAUGUAAAUUAAAUAUUUAUCAAUUAAUA